CAGUACACUGCCAUUUUGUGCAUGAUGUUUGUUAUUCGAACUUGUAUAAAAUAUUUUGUUUUCUAUGAAGAAUAUUUAUUUUCUCACAAUGACGCCUGACAAGAAUGACAACACAGGAAUUACAUUCAAACAGCGGAGAUCACUCUCCAAGAGGAUACAAGAAGUAGCAGACAUUAGAGUAAAGUUCCCUAAUAAAAUACCGGUGGUUGUAGAAAGGUUCUUCAAAGAAUCUUAUCUUCCCUCGUUGAAUAAAACCAAGUUUUUAGUUCCCCAAGAACUCACUAUGUCACAAUUUGUCACAAUUAUCAGGAAUCGACUUCAGCUGAGUGCUAAUCAGGCAUUCUUCCUAUUCAUUGAUAACAAGAGCAUGGCGAGCAUGUCCAGAACUCUAGCAGAGGUUUACAGUGAGAACAAAGAUGAGGAUGGAUUUCUCUACGUCACAUACGCCUCGCAAGAAAUGUUUGGCAGUGGUGAUUCACUACGUCCUUUGUAGCAUUAUUAAAAAUUCCUCUCCCCUUCGACAGGUUGAAAGUAGAAUUCAACCGGCGUGCAUGACGUAUCUUCUGAAAACCAGACUCUUUUAGACAUGUAUUUAGACCGAAAUACUCAGCAUGAUAGAGGAAUACAAGCAUUCUAAAGGUCCAAAAACUGAAGACUGAGCCACCCCCAUCUCUCGCAAUAUCAUGAGACUAUACGUGUUUUGAAAAACUCUUCUUUAUCAUCAUCUUUGUAGAAUUAUACAAUGAAGAUGGUUAGGAUUGUUUAAACCACUGUCUUACGUUCCAGAGUCAUGUGUGUGUGUAUAAUAAUUCUUAACCCUUUAUUACGGUAAUGGAAAAAAACCCUUACAUGGACGAUAAAGGGUUAAUCGCCACAAGGAACAUCUUUCAGGCCUAUUGAAAUGACUUCAAGUGUUAUUUCAAUCUCCAGUUUUCGCCUGUCUCAACUACUACGUUUCCAAAAGAGUGAAACCAAGCAGAUAUGUGAAUCUCCAUUGCUCACUUCCUUGGACGAGUUCUAUGAAACCUAAAAGCUUUUCGUCACACGUAGAGGUGUCAAUAGUUUAGGUAGAAUAUACUGUUAUUGCUGGUUUUACCUUGGGUAGAAUACACCGUUAUUGCUGGUUUUACCUUGGGUAGAAUACACUGUUAUUGCUGGUUUUACCUUGGGUAGAAUACACUGUUAUUGCUGGUUUUACCUUGGGUAGAAUACACUGUUAUUGCUGGUUUUACCUU